GUCUCCUGGUGGCUGACACUGGCAGUGCUCUGUUUGGGCUCACACGCACACUAUGGGAAUGAUACAGCUGAACCGCUGGAGCACGUAAACGCAGGCUUUCUCUUCUGACGAUUUUGUCAAUGUCCUAGUUAUGAGGAUUUACCUUUUACCGUAAGCUCGUUUUUGUAACUGAGGGGCAGUAAAUAUACACAGAGCAGGGAAGGCGGUCCGCUUGACAACAAGGUUCAGCGUGUGGGAAUGGCAGCUCCACGGCCGAUAAAAGGUAUCCUAAAAAACAAAAACACUGGGACCAGCGCCCAGACGCUAUCCACUGACGCUCCAGGAGACGUCCCUGAACACGUACCCGGACUCACAGAGGAUGAUCAGCAAAAAAAAUCUACAAAAUGGGAUGAGAUGAACAUACUAGCCACAUAUCAUCCAGCAGACAAAGACUAUGGCCUUAUGAAAAUCGAUGAACCAAGCACUCCCUACAACAGAAUGGUUGGGGAUGAUGAUGAUGAAGGAGUGCUGAGUGACUCUGACGGCCAAAGCGCCCUCACAGCAGAUGACCUUGCAUCAAAAUUGAUUGCUGCAGAAGGUUCUGAACCCAGGUUUAUGAAAGAGGAGGAAGAGGAGGAGGAGAGCAGUGAAGAAGAGGAAGAAGAAUUGACCCCUGAAGAACAAGCCAAAAAGAAACAGUUUCAGAUGAUGAGGAAGAUGCACUACAAUGAGGGACUUAAUAUCAAACUGGCCCGUCAACUCAUCGCCAGUGAACUUGAAGAUGAUGAUGAUGAAGAUGAUGAAGAUGAGGAGAUGAGAGAUGAUACAGAGGAGACUCGCGAGGAUGCAGAGGAGACUGAGGAGAUCAGUGUGGACCCUCCUCAAGAAGCUGAAUCUCUGGACUCAUAAAUGAGGCUUUAGACCGUUUGCCCAGUGGUUCAACUCUAAAUCCUGUCGAGAUGGACAAUGCUGCUACUUAUAUCACCUAUCAACAGAAAACAAAAUUUGUGCAAUGCAACGUCCUAAAUCACUGAUUUCACAUUUCCCGAAACAAUAAACAUUAAGGUGAACAUGGUCUUUUACUCCUCCAGCCAAGACUCAUGCCUUUAUCCUUUACAGGAUGAAUGCACUUACCUAAAGGACAGAGCAACAUUUUAAAGCUCUGAGACUUCCAUGUGUGAACAGUGUGCAAGAGUCAGUUCUUUAAAAACCUACUCUGAAAUCCUGGGAAACUCCACUGCCUCAUUACGGCCUUUUCUGAGAAAAAAAAAGUACACUGGCUUUCUGUAUAGAGAUUGAUAGAGACAUUGAGUUUGAUUUUGACCCUUGUUUUUCCACCUUCUCCACUGUACCGUUUGACCUUAAUUUAGUCUGUCCUGUGCCAUCAAUUUAUUUUGUCUCAAUCUAUUGUUAACAGUACAAGUAUGUUUUUAUUUUUAACUAAUCUAAAAUAACAGUUAUGGAUUAUAAAUGCCCCAAUUUAUAAUAACAUACAUACCUCAAUUUCUGACAAACCUCAUUUGUAUUUCUAGUCUGUAAUAAGAACAGAGUUGACCCCAUUACUAUUAAAAUUGAUAAACCAUGUGCUACUGAUUUAGAGGGCUUUGUUGAAACACAGUUUUACAGGCACAUAAAACACACCAGUGCUUUGAAAUAAUUACUUUGUCAAAUCGCCAAUAUUUUUUCCUCAUUGUUCUUUUUAUGUUUAAUUUUUGAUUCUUGUCUUGCAUGACACAGCUUAAAAAUGUUGCAUUUUAGCUACUGAGAAGAAGGAAAAGCAUGACAUUGUUUGCAAACUGAACUGCUGACUAAAGGUCAUGAGGUCAGGUUAAUAUGAAAAUGUGCAGUUAUUGACAUGUCUUAAUUUAAAAAUGAGUGCUUACGUUCAGGUUUACUGUUAUAUAAUUAUUUACAUGCUCACUGUUUUGUUUGAAUAAUGACAUGUAUUUUCUUUUUUCCCCCAUUUACGCUCUGAUUGGGUGUGAGUCUCGUUUUAGGGACAAAAAAACGACAGCAGAGGUUUUAUAUAUAGGUUCUCUACUACUCCAUUAUUAUAAAAAACAAAACAAAAUACAAAACAAACUAAGCCCAAACAAUUAACUUGACUGAAGGCAGGCAGAAUAUACAGUCUUUUCCAAUGGCCAAAUGUUGUUUAUUUGAAUCCAUUCCAGGGGUGAUUAAAAAUACCAUGUACUGUAUUGAGAAAUGUGAAUUCUGAGUUGAUGCUUACAAGUUUUUAUCCCAUAAUGACUGAUAUUAUUACUCCCCUGGUGGAUAUCCACGUGUGCCUCUUAUCUUUUAGAAAUCCAGUGUAAAAAUAAAAUCCCAUGUUACUCUC